AUGACAGAUUCUGGGGAAGAACCUAUUGAAGAAUCAUCAAAUUCCCAAAGAGGAUCAAAAAGGCAUAGACAGUGCCACAAACACAGUAUGGAACAAAUCCAAAGACUUGAAGCAUUCUUCAAGAACUGUCCGCUUCCAAAUAAAAAUCAACAAAACCAAUUGGCUAGGGAAGCAGAGCUUGAACCUAAGCAGGUCAGGAUUUGGUUUCAAAACAAAAGGACACAAAUAAAGACUCAAAAUGAGAGAUCCGUUAACAAUGCUCUUAGAAGAGAAAAUGAAAGAUUUCUUUGUGAGAAUAACGCAAUGAAAGAGGCAAUGAAGAAAAUUAUGUGCCCAAAGUGUGAUGGACCACUCAUUGGAAAAGAAGAAAGGACCCGUGUAUUGAAAAUGGAAAAUCAAAGGUUGAGAGAACAGUAUGAAAGAGUAUUAAAACUCAUCUCAAGUGUUCCUGGAAGGCCUUCUGUGAUGGUUUCAAAUUUGGCACCAUCAAAAUCAACUCUUGGACAUCCUCCUCCUUUUCGUCAGGAAAAUAAUACUAAUAAUAAUGUUCAAGCACAUUCAAUAAAUAUUAAUAAUAUCCCAAUAAUGUCUCCAUCACGACAAGAACAUUACAAAUUUCAUCAUGAUAAUAGGCAAAAAACAACAAUGUUUGAGAUUGUUGUUGCUUCUAUGAAUGAAAUGGUUGAACUUUGGAAAAGGAAUGAUCCAAUUUGGGUGGAAUCAUCAAGUGAAGGGAGGUGUUCUAUUCAUCGUGAGAGUUAUGAAAGAACAUUUCCAAAUCCAAAUCGACCUUAUUACCAAUCACCAGCUACUCAAAUUGAAUCAUCAAAGGAUUCUGAAGUUGUGUCAAUGACUGCAAUUGAGUUAAUCCAUAAUUUUCUUGAUCCAGUCAAAUGGAUGAACUUGUUUCCCACUAUAGUCACAAAAGCGAGGAUUAUUGAAGUUCUUGAUUCUGGGACUUGGGGAGGCUCUAUACAAUUGAUGUAUGAAAAGUUGCAUAUUUUAUCCCCUCUAGUGGAAGCUAGAGAUUUUUUCUUCAUACGUUGUUGUAGACAAUUUGAUCCAACAACAUGGAUUAUGAUGGAUGUAUCCUAUGAUCUUUUCAAUGAGAUUCAAAGUGGUGUACAUUCUUAUUCUUGGAAGUUUCCUUCUGGUUGUGCAAUUCAAGAUAUGGGUAAUGGCCAAAGUAAGGUUACUUGGGUGGAACAUGUUCAAGUAUAUGAAAAAAAUCAAGUACAUCAUAUCUUUAGAGACUUGUUGUGUGAUCGUCAAACAUACGGAGCUAAAAGAUGGAUUGUUACACUUCAAAGGAUGUCUGAGAGAUAUAAUUUUGCUAUGGGUGCAAUAUGCCCUACUAGGCAUGAUUUUAAAGGAGUGUUUAAUUAUCUAGAAGGGCUGAAAAAUACAAUACAAAUAUCUCAAAGGAUGGUGAAGAGCUUUUUUGAAAUCCUAAGCAUGACAGAUAACUUAGAUUUUCCAACUUCAUCACGGCUCAACCGCGGAGAUAGGAUUUCAAUAAGGAAAAAUGAAGAAAUUGUCCAACCAAAAGGCUUUAUUGCCACUGCUGCUACUUCUUUGUGGCUUCCUCUUUCAUUCCAAGAUGUCUUCAAUUUCUUCAAAGAUGACAAGACAAGAAGUCAAUGGGAUAUUUUGACCAGUGGAAAUAAUGUGAUUGAGUUAGCUCAAGUACUAACAGGAGCUCUUCCAGGAAACAGUAUUACAAUCAUUCAGCCUUGUAUGCAAAAGGAAAUGUUAGUGCUCCAAGAGACAAGCAUUGAUAGUAUGGGAGCAUUUUUAGUCUAUGCACCCAUAGAGUUACCAACGGUCACUUCAAUUGUCAAUGGAGGUGAUGCAACAAAAGUUCCCAUUUUGCCCUCAGGUAUCAUCAUAAGUCCUGACGGUCGCCUCUCCUCGGAUAGGGAUAGUACUACAAAUGCAGAAAAUGGUUCAAUUUUGACAGUGACUUUUCAAAUAUUGAUUAGUGGUCAUAAUAAUCCAACCUCCCAGAAGCAACAAAUGGAGGUAGUGGCUUCUGUUCAUUGCCUUUUGAGCAGCAUAAUUUUAAAAAUCAAAGCAACAUUGGGUUGCUCUGAUUUAUGA